AAAAGAUCCUUAGUAGUCAUCUUUUGCUGAUUGUUUUGUUAUUCACUUCAUACACAAAGACUCAAAGAGUUAAUGGCGUCAAUUAGUAAACUUGAAAAUAAAAAAAUCAAUGGCACUGUUGUACUGAUUAAAAAGAGACCUUUAGACAUUGUUCCACCUGAAGUUGUUCAACAGCAAGCUGUUUAUGAGAUUCUUGGGCAUAAGGUCACCCUGCAGCUUAUCAGUUCUUUUACUGGAGACUCAGGGAAAGAAAUGAAAGGUAAACUUGGGAACCCUACAUACUUGAGAGAUGAGAAUAACUCAGGCAAUGAAUCAAAGUUUAAUGUCACAUUUGAAUGGGAUGAAGAAGUUGGAGCUCCAGGAGCAUUCAUUAUCAAGAACUUUAAUCCUAGCGAGUUCUUUCUCAAGAAACUGACUCUUGAAGUUGAUGAUCCAAGUCACGGAAGUAUGCAUUUUGUCUGCAAUUCUUGGGUUUAUCCAGCUGAAAAGUACAAAUCAGACCGAGUUUUCUUUGUCAAUCAGGCUUGGCUUCCAAGUGAAACUCCAGCACCGUUACGUUGGUACAGGGAAGAAGAGUUGCUGAACUUGAGAGGAAAUGGAACUGGUAAGCUUGAGGAGUGGGAUAGAGUUUAUGACUAUGCUUAUUACAAUGACCUUGGAGAUCCAGAAAAGGGUUCGGAUUAUGUUAGGCCAAUCCUAGGAGGAUCUGAAAAGUAUCCUUAUCCGCGUAGAGGAAGAACAGGAAGACCACCAACAAAGACAGAUCCUAAUUCUGAGAGCCGGCUGCCACUGAUAAUGAGCUUUGGUAUUUAUGUUCCAAGGGAUGAGAAAUUUGCACCCUUAAAGAUGACAGAUUUUGUCGGUAUAGCACUUAAGGUCAUCGUUCAGCUCCUUGUCCCUGAGCUCAAGUCUUUAGCAAACAUCAGCCUCAAUGAGUUCAACAGCUUUGAAGAGAUAUUAAAAAUCUAUGAAGAAGGAAUCGAUCUUCCAAAUGAUCUUUUGCAGAGAAGUACUACACAUAUGCUCAAGGAAUUUAUUCAAAGUGCUGGUCAGGGGUUUCUUAAGUAUCCAAUGCCACAGGUUAUUAAAGAGGAUAAGUCAGCUUGGCGGACAGAUGAAGAAUUUGCAAGGGAGAUGUUGGCUGGAAUAAACCCUGUCUGCAUUUGUGCCCUUAAGGAGUUCCCUCCGACUAGUAAGCUGGACCAAAAAGUCUAUGGUGACCAAACUUGCAAAAUAACCAGAGAACAAAUACAAAAUCAGUUAGAUGGACUCACUAUAGAAGAGGCGAUCAAGGCGAAUCAGCUUAUCAUAUUAGAUCAUCAUGACACAAUUAUGCCAUAUGUGAGGCAGAUCAAUAUGACAAGUACAAAAAUUUAUGCCUCAAGAACAAUCCUCUUUCUACGGAAAGAUGGGACUUUGAAGCCACUAGCCAUUGAACUAAGCUUGCCUCAUCCAGAUGGAGAUCAACUUGGUGCCAUAAGCGAAGUUUUUACACCACAUGAAGAUGGCAUUGAGGCUUCCAUUUGGCAAUUGGCUAAAGCUUAUGUCGCAGUCAAUGACUCUGGAGUUCAUCAGCUAAUCAGCCACUGGUUACACACUCAUGCUGCAAUUGAGCCAUUUGUGAUCGCGACAAACAGGCAGCUAAGUGUGCUUCAUCCUAUCUAUAAGCUUUUGCAUCCUCACUUCCGUGAUACAAUGCACAUAAAUGCCUUGGCUAGACAGACUCUACUUAAUGCCGGAGGAAUUCUUGAGCAAACAGUUUUCCCUACAAAAUAUGCUAUGGAGAUGACAUCAGUAGCUUACAAGGAUUGGACUUUUCCUGAUCAAGCCCUUCCUGUUGAUCUUAUCAAGAGAGGUGUGGCAAUUGAGGAUCCUGAAUCGGAACAAGGUGUCCGCCUACUAAUCGAGGACUAUCCAUAUGCUGUGGACGGGCUAGAAAUAUGGUCAGCAAUCAAAAAUUGGGUUCAGGAGUAUUGCAGCUUCUAUUACAAAACAGAUGACAUGAUUCAGAAAGACACUGAACUUCAAGCCUGGUGGAAGGAAGUCCGAGAAGAUGGACACGGUGACAAGAAAUCUGAGCCAUGGUGGCCUAAAAUGCAGACACUCAAAGAGCUGAUUGACUCAUGCACUAUAAUUAUCUGGAUUGCUUCUGCUCUUCAUGCAGCAAUCAAUUUUGGGCAGUAUCCUUAUGGUGGCUACCUACCAAAUCGCCCUUCAAUGAGCCGAAGGUUCAUGCCUGAGCCAGGCAGUCCCGAGUAUGAAGAGCUGAAGACCAACCCUGAAAAAGGAUAUCUGAGGACAAUAACACCCCAACUACAGACUCUAAUUGGAAUUUCUACUAUUGAGAUUUUGUCGAUACAUUCUUCAGAUGAAAUUUACCUUGGCCAGAGAGACAGUCCUGAGUGGACUAAGGAUAAAGAACCAAUACAAGCUUUAGAAAGAUUCGGCAAAAAGCUGGCUGAAAUUGAGGAAAAAAUUAUGAAGAUGAACAAUGACAAGAAAUUGAAGAACAGGAUGGGGCCUGUUAAGAUGCCAUAUACAUUGCUCUAUCCUACAAGUGAACCAGGACUUACUGGCAAAGGAAUACCCAACAGUGUCUCAAUAUAAAGUUGUAUUAGGCUAAACAUGUGAAUUUUUUUUUUUUAAUCAUGGACGACGGUGAGACUUGAACUCAAGUUUAUGUCUUCCGGUACUCUUAUGUUAUGAAAGUGUCUUAGACCUAACUCAACAUUAUAGGCGAGCUAGGUUAAGUGGUGGUAGAGAUGUUUCUAAAUCAUAUCAAGUGAGUACAACCA